AUGGCGCAGAAAGUUAAUGUUAAUCGUAAUGUGCAAGAUCCCUUCUAUCGCUAUAAAAUGCCACGCCUUUUGGCCAAAGUUGAGGGAAAAGGAAAUGGAAUUAAAACUGUUGUUGCUAAUAUGCCUGAAAUUGCUAAGGCACUCUCUCGCCCUCCAACUUGUUUGUUUUUGGUUAUUUUUGGGGGUUUAUGGGGUAAAAUAUUGAGAGGGUGACACCAAGUAAAGACAUGGGAUGGAAUCGAUGUCUUGAAGAUUUUUGACGGUUGAGGUUUGGAUGAGAUUUCGUCUCCUUCUGAUUCUAAGUUUUCUAAUUUUCCAUAUUCGAAAUUCCAAUGAUUUUACAAACCUUAAAAACAACGACCCAUUAACAAGUAUAUCCGGUCGAAAGAUUC